CAACCUGUUGUUGAGUUGCUCUUCAGUCGCCUGCGCCACAAUCCCACUGGAGCACGAGACCACACUGGCACACAUCCCACAGCCACCAGGUGCCGGCCGCCGCCAUGGAAAAAACCAGCAGCUCCUCCACGGCCUCCCCAGUCCGCUCACCGCCACCGGAGCCGGCCGCGGAGGCACAACCACCUCCUCCUUCUUCGCCCCCAUCACAGCUUCCGGCUGCCGAUCUCUUUCGCCUCUCGCCGGAUAACCCAACCCCAGCUCACCCCCUUCCUGCUGCACCUACAACUAGUGCUCCUGCGCCAUCUACCGGCCCCUGUCGCCUCUCGCCGGAUAACCCAACCCCAGCUCCUCCUCUUCCUGCUGCACCUACAACUACUGCUCCGGCGCCAUCUACCGUCCCCUUUCGCCUCUCGCCGGAUAAUCCAACCCCAGCUCCUCCCCUUCCUGCUGCACCAACAGUUACUGCUCCGCCGCCGGAUGGCGCCGACGAUUCCUCUUCACCGUCGCCUCCCUCGCCUCCAAAGGCUCCAACGCAUCCACCUCUUUCCACCACCGAUCCUUCUCCUCCCCUCCCUCGUGGGAACCAAACAUCCGCGCCGCGGCGGACACCCCCUUCUCCUCCCGCUCGCGCUCCCGCUCCAGCAGCACCAUCUCCACCAGCACCGGCGUCUCCGGAAGCUAAACCGGUGCAGGAGGCAGAUGAAGUGCCCGGCGAAUCGGAGAACAUGGCGCUAGCCCUUGCGCUAACCCAAAACGAAGCAGUGAUGCCGCCGACGCCGCAGAAGGACGCGGUCAUGGCUGAAUCCCCCACCGGAUCUCCGCAGAAGGAGUCGGCCCUGACCAUAGCGAAGCUCCUCUCGGCCGAGGACCCCGCGGCAACGGAGGCCAAGCCGGCCGCCGACAAGGUAGCACCUGCGGUAGUCACCGAGUCAGUCGCCGGCGGCGGCGGGGGCGGAGGCGGAAGCAAAGUCGGAGUGGGUUCCAAGAGAUGGCUCCUUAGAGGGCUCCCAGAUAGAGUACGGCUCACGGAGCUGAAGAGGGCUGAGCUAGGGUUUAGGGUUUCAGCUGCCGUGUUCUGCUUGAUCUCGCUCUCCGUCAUGUCGGCUGGCACUACGCCGGGCUGGGCUGGUGACUCCUUCCGCCGCUACAACGAAUACAGGUACAUGCUUGCUGCGAGCGUGAUGGCUUUUACAUACUCGGGUUUCCAAUUAGUUGCAGAAGCGCACUACCUUGUCACGGGGAGGCGCAUAAUUGGAGGUCCCUGGGGCAACUACUUCAAUCUCGCCAUGGAUCAGGUAUUGGCUUACCUGCUGCUGUCAGCGUCUUCAGCAGCGCUUUCUCGCAAUGAUGUGUGGGUGUCUAGAUUUGGCGUGGAUCAGUUCGCCAAACUUAUCAAUGCCUCAGGCUCAAUGGCGUUCUUAGCUUUCAUUGCACUUGGUCUGAGCUCCAUCAUCUCUGCUCAUCGUGUAUUCAGCUCAAUCCCUUAAACCUGUGGUGUGCAUUACUGAUGUAAAUAUUAUGCUCUAGAUGUACGUUGGCAUGCCACCUGUGUGACCCUUUUUCUCUGCAACUUAUGUUGCUGGUUGUGUCGCAACCACACAUUAAAUUCAAGACAGACUGUUCAAACACGGGUGGAUGUACAAGUAUAUGAGCUUACUAACUUGGGGACCUAUGAUUCUGUAAGAAAAUGUUAUAGAGCCCUAAGGGAUUAAAAGGCGUUAUGGGUGGCCACUGCAGUGCCAAUGAUAUGUUCCUGUAUUUGGUGAAAUUUUCCAUUGAUUCCUGUA